CCUAACAAAAGCAGGGAAAAGAGCAAGUCUUCGGGUUGGUUUACUCAAGUUUCAAUUCCUUUCUUCUUCCUCACCUACGCCAAAGCAUCCACAGGCCACAGCUCCAUAAUCGAUGGCUUCCACGCUUAGCCAAGUCAACAAUCCCAUUAAUCACACCUCCGUCACAUCCCCUAUUUUCAUCACCACCGAAUUUCUACACUCCGUUCUCUCACACCGCUCCUUAAUUCAACAUUUCUACACCUCUCUACCCACCGUCUCUCCCACACUCCAUACUCCGAUUCGCCAAAGCUAUGCCGUUUCACCAUCAUCCUCUCUCCUUCUUAUGCCCUCUUGGUCUUCCUCUCCCUUCCUUCCCUAUAUAGGUAUAAAGCUUAUCACCUAUUUCCCUGGUAACUCCAUGCUAAACUUGCCCGGAAUUCAUGCAAGCUAUGUGCUCUUUAGCUCCACAACUGGGCAAACUUUGGCCUCUAUGGAUGGCACUGUGUUGACCCUCUAUAGAACAGCUUGUGUGUCUGGCUUGGCAUCAAAAAUCUUAGCUAGGGAUGAUAGCAAAGUGCUGGUGAUGGUUGGUGCAGGUGCUUUGGCACCCCAUUUGAUCAAGGCCCAUCUCGCUGCAAAACCCAGUUUGGCGAAAGUGAUAAUUUGGAACAGGACGAUGAAGAAAGCAGCUGAUUUGGUGGAGAAACUAAGGGUAGAAUGCACUGAAAAGGUGUGUUUUGAGAGUAAUGAUAAUUUGGAGGAAAUAAUUGGAUUGGGUGAUAUUGUGAGUUGCGCUACAAAUGCUGAUAGGCCUUUGGUGAAGGGCGAGAAACUGAAGCCAGGAGCCCAUUUGGAUCUGGUAGGAUCUUUCAAGGAGACAAUGAGGGAAUGUGAUGAUGAGGCAAUAAGGAGAGGGAGAGUGUUUGUGGAUAACGAGGCAGCAUUGGUGGAGGCAGGGGAGAUCGUCGGAGCUCUUGAGAGAGGAGUGAUUGAUAAAAAAGAUGUUGGCUAUUUGGUGGAAUUGAUCAAAGGGGAUGAAGCUGGAAGGAGGGAUUCUCGAGAGAUUACUGUGUUUAAGUCUGUUGGUUCUGCAAUUGUCGAUAUGCUUGCAGCGCAAUUGGUCUAUGAGCAUUACAUGAAGGGUUGAGUGAUUCUGAGAUUCGAGUCAUAUCCUCAGAAUUUGAAUCUUUUUGGUGCUAUCUCAUUUAAAGUUCCCUGUUUUAAAAUUAUCAGAUAUGUAUAAUAAAUGAAUAAAUGAUAAUGCGCUGUGUGCUAAAUGAAUUUAAUAUUAUCGGUU